AUGUGGUCUUCUCUAUCAACGUUGCUCGCGCUGCCUAUACUGGCCCUCAUCUCCAUCCCACUCAUUUUCUCAGCAUGGGUUACAAUCUCAUUUGCGCUCUUUGCAUUGGCACUCAGACUCUUAGUAGUCUAUGUUGAGGUAGUCUACGGAUUCCUCAUGCAUUUCUUCUCAGUGCCAACCUCAUCUACCUCAUCAUUGUUGACAUUCGCGGCCUCAGAACCUACAACCCCAGCUGAUGGUAGAUCAAGAAGGAAUUCCAAUCAAACGACGACGCAUCCCCGAAAGAUAAAUGACCCUCUCAAUUCCUGGGCUAUUGGAAUUGGAGCCAGUCUUGAUAACCCAUCAAACCGCAAAAGGAACUCUUAUGCACGCAGUAUGAUUGAGGCCCAUAACAUAUCUACCCCACUUGUCUAUAGCCUGCCUAUAAGCGGCGAUGAAAGACGAGACUUCGAGGGCGUAGGUGGAUGGCGCUCGUACCGGACAUCCAAGACCCGCAGCGUGCAUACUCCACAUGAGAAAGUCACAAGCUCGACUUCGUCCUCUUCGCCCCGUAGCACCGGCGGCGAUGUUGAUGCAGACGCAGAUAUCGACGCAGAUGAGCGAGCCUGGCUUUCUCUAAACAACCGUCUCGAGCUCCCCUCACAGCUCGUCACACUAUGCACAAGCGUCCACGCCGGGAUCACCCUAAACGGCCCCACGCAUGAAAGCGCCGAUUGGCGCAAUGGCCGAAGCAAUUUCCAAUCGCUGGCAGGAGCAACGGCCUUACAGAGUAUCUACCCAGAAAAGCAACAAAAUGGGUCAAGACACCACCACCGCUCGCUCACGACUUCCUCGCUAACGACCUCUGACCGGCGUACGGGCACAGGGCUGUCUAUAGCGCUGUCAAACAGACCUGACAACGCAGCGGUUGAUUUGAGAGAACACGGCCAGUCGAUACUGUCAACGGCACGACUUGCUGCCCCGUUCAUGACGCCGCAGCCAUACACGCAGCUGGAUCCGAACUCGCAUUUCCAGUCGCGAACUCUCCCACGCGCUUUUCCUGCAAACAGCGCACCGUUCACGAGCUCAUAUUUCUCUACCUCCGGGGAUGGGCUGAGCCACAGCUUUGGGAGUAAUAGUAGUGGUGGGAGCUUUGGUAACGGAGGCGGCGGCGGGUACUUUUCUUUGAGGCGGCCUGGGUCCUCUAGUAGCCGUGUUAGCCCUAGUACUAGUGGGUAUAAUACCCCUAGGGUUGGUCUGUCGACUGAAGAGCGUGAUACUUCAUCGGUAGGGCUAGCGCGCUCAAUGGCGCAUUAUCCCACUAGCCCUAGACAUCGGAGGCAAAGUAUCUCUGGGCCGAAUUCGAGGGGGCUGGCUACUGGUGACCGAGCCGGAUGA